AUGCAGAGUGUCUCCUCCUCCUCUGCCUCUGACACUGGGCGCUCUGCAAAAGCGCAGAAAUUUUAUCGGUUGCUGUCCUUGCCCAGUGUCGACUUGGCCGCCUUGCGGGAGCUCCUAUGGUCCGGCGCACCGGAGGAGGAUCCGAAAAUUCGGGCAGAAGCUUGGCAGAUGUUGCUGGGAUACUUGCCCCCAGUCAAAGACAGACAAGGGCCAGGAUUGCAGAAAAAGCGAGAAGAGUAUGAAGAGCUUCGGAGGAGACAUUACGCGCCCAUCGAGUCAGGCCAAGAUGGUCUGAGUGAUGUGGAUUCAGCGGCGAUUCUGCGGCAAAUUCGUGUAGACAUCCCGCGGACAUCGCCGGGCUUACCCAUCUUCAGUCACCUGCGGAUACAUCAACUCCUGGAGCGGGUUCUUUUUAUUUGGUCCAUACGGCACCCGGCCAGUGGCUAUGUGCAGGGGAUCAAUGACAUUGCGACACCUUUUGUAGUGGUUCUGCUGGCAUCAAAACUGGACUGCUUGCCUGAAGACAUUGAUGUGGAUGCUGCCACUGACGAAAUGCUGGACUCCGUAGAGGCCGGUGCGUACUGGUGUCUCACCAAGUUCCUCAGUGACAUUCAAGACCACUACACCGCAGGCCAGCCAGGAAUACAGCAGAUGGUUGCGAAACUAAAGGAGAUUGUCCAUCGAAUAGACCAGAAAUUGUACGAGCAUCUGGAGUCGCAAGGCUUGGACUUCUUGCAGCUUUCUUUCAGGUGGAUGAACUGCUUGCUUCUUCGCGAGUUCCCGUUCCCAUGUGUCAUACGACUCUGGGAUACAUACAUCGCGGAGCCACUGGAGGGGUUCUCCUCGUUCCACGUCUAUGUCUGUGCAGUGUUCCUCAUUUACUGGUCUCCGCAGCUUAAGCAGAUGGACUUCCAGCAACUCAUGCUGUUCAUGCAGAAGCUUCCAACCGGAAAGUGGCGAAACCAGGAGAUUGAAACACUUCUUGCGGAGGCAUUCGUUGGUGCCAGCGAGCGGAGUCCUCUUCACGGCCCGCGUUCUUUGCAACGGGAAAAGAUCGAGUCUGGUCUGGCUCCAUACGUCUCCAGACCCUUGAAGGUGAAGGAAGAUCUCAAAGCAAACAGGUACUUUGUUGCAUCCGACUACAACUUUGAUGGAGGCUCGCAUCGAUCUCCCUGGUCUGACAGGUACAUCCCUGUGCCUCCUGGUGGCGAGGCUGAGGAGGAGAGACUCUUCCGGCCGUCUGCACGCCUGAAGCGACUUGAGCAAAGCUUCAAUGAGGUGUUCGAGGCCUAUGUCAUGAGCUACUACGAGGGUGGCGUGUCGUCUGUCUACCUCUGGGACCUUGAUGAGGGCUUCGCCGGCGCAUUCCUGGUCCACAAGGAGCUCGCGAAGGUCCUUGGCGACGGAAAGACGGGCGUGUGGGACUCGAUCCACGUAUUGGAGGUACGGGAGUCGCCGAACUCUCACUAUGUGGAUUUCAAGCUCUCCAGUACGAUCUGGCUUCAUUUUCAGGUCGCCACCAAGGCCGAUCAGACGGAGCUCUCCGGACAUCUCACACGUCAGGCAGAAGCUCGGCUGGACCGGCGCAAGAAGGCUGGAGAGGAUGCCCAGAUCAUCCAAGUGGGGACCAUGAUCGAGGACAACGAGAACUUCCUGCGACAUAACUUGGAAUGCAUUCAUUUGGCGAAGCAGCGCACCGUGCUCGAUGCCGUGCGGUCGCAGGCAGCUGGCCCCUGA